AUGGAAGCAAGCUCUUCAACCAGUUCAAGCUUGAGGAGGAGAGCUCCAUUUAGGUGCUACUAUGCUGAAAAACCAGUGUUAGUCAUUUCGUGGACAGCAGACAACCCUGGCAGAAGGUUGGGCGAAAAGUGUAAAUUCUUCCAAAGGCAUGAUAAUGAGAUAUGUGAACGUGAUAAAGUGCUCAUCCCAGAGCAAAGGCAACAGAUUAUCAGACAAGAGGCCGAGGUUGCAAGAUGCUACAAGAGAGAGAAGUUUUACACUGUGACUUUGGCAUUCUUAUUAGUGAUAUGUGGGAUUUGUCUCUUUAAUUGUAUGCGUAGUUAG